CUGAGUUUAAUCUAAAUUCAGAAGAAUCUCUGCAAGCCUAUCAAGAUUAUGAGAAUAAUUUAGAAAAUUAUAGUAACUUUGAUAAUAAUUUAGAAGUAGAUAAAUUUGGAAGUAGGUUCGAAUUAGAGGAUAGUUUAGAGCAUAAAAACGAAUUAAUAUAUAAAUUGAAAAGUAGAGAUGAAUUAGAAGAUUGUGAUGAAUCAGUGAAUAGCUUGAAAAGCAGAAAUAAAUUUGAUGAUGGUAAUGAAUUGAUGAAUAGUCUGAAAAGUGAAAAUGAAGUUGAGAACAAUGAUGAAUUAGUGAAUAGUUUGGAAAGUAAAAAUAAAUUUAAGAACAAUAUUGAAUUAAAGAAUAGUUUAUGGAGUAGAAAUAAAUUUGAGGACAAUGAUGAAUGA